CCAGCCCCACCCCGGGCGGCCCUGGCUGCAGGAAACUUAGGGAGCUAGAAACCUCAAAUACAGGUGGCAAGAGGGCAGCAGGAGUUCGUUCCUGUGGGCCACCCAUGACUGGCGAGGGGGCCCUAGCACGGGGCAUCCCAGUGCUCUAGUCUCCCGGAAGAACUGUCUGGGAACGCGUGGUGCCGCCAGGUGCGCAGGAAGCAGCCCGGGGCGCCCAAUCGCACGUGGCAACAGGUGUAGUGCGGUCUCGGGGAGACGCCCCGGGCGUGGGGCACGUGGGCACUUAGCCCUGCAGCGCGCGGGGCUUCGGGACUGGGAAGCCCGGGAGCAGGGAGCACAGGGGCGAAUCCAGCCCUGUCCGCCAGCCUGCGGAACCCCGCAUCCGGAAGGGUACAACAAAUCAUUUCAACAUUCAAAUCAUUUAGAUUGAGACACUUUCAACUAUAUUGAAAAAAGGCAGAGUGGACAGGUUUUCCUUAUCUGAAAGUAUUUAAAGAAGAAAUAGAAUGGCAGAGGCUUAAAGUUUAUGUUCAGAAUGAAUGAUGGUAAUUCAGAUGACGAGACAGAACAUGAACUUCAAUCAUUUUUUAUCAGUGGUCAAAAUGGAAAUGCAUAUACACACAGCAAAAAGUCAUUUACACAAAACUCUUCAACCAGUAAUGUGAACUGGAAUUCUGCCAACCCAGAUGACAUGGUGGUUGAUUAUGAAAGUGGCACUACUGUGGACAUUGGUGUACAUAUUCCUAUAAUACCUCAGUGUGUUGAAAUACUUGCUCAUCAAAAUUCUUCAAAUGACUUCACUAGUAAGGAGGUAUUAGCAGUGCAUAAAGAUUCUACACAUCAGUCUUCUGCACUUGUAAUUACAGAUGAGUCCAAGUACCUACAGAGCAGCUGUCAUAAUGUAGAACCAUUACGGGACCAUAGGGCUGAGACAUCUCUGCCUUUUAUAUGGAAGCCUAAUGAUGAUUUGAAUGCUAUAGACUACCCUACUGCCUUGCAACUAAACCAACUAAACCAAACCUUUGACAUGAAAGUGGAUAAAGUUAGCCAUACCUUUAUAACACAUCAUACCAUUGGAAAGAAUCAGUCUUUGGAUACCUCUGAAAGUCUGCAACGAACCACCACUGGAAGUGGAAAUGUCUCCUUAUCCUAUUUUGUUCACACAUCACCUCAUUCUGAUAAACAUAUUAGAGAUAUGAAUUGUGAUAGAGACUCCUUUGAGAACACCGAGGCCACAGCACCAGCUCCCCAAGACCUAACUCAUGUAGUAUUUUCUGAUGUGGUGAUGCAAACUGAUGCUGCUGUUCCAGAUAUUCAAAUUCCGUAUCAGUACUCUUCAAGAAAUGCUACCAGCGAACAUACAGAUGGGUCACAGCAAAGAUUAGUUGGAGAAAAAGAGAUACAAACUCCAGCAUCAGUUUUUGAUGGCAUGGAAGUUUCCAAUGGAUCAGCAUUACAAGAGUUCUCUUGUUUAUCUGAAAGUGAACCAAAUAGUGAGACGCAUUCACAGAGCUUAUGUGGACAAAAGGAAAUGAGCCAAAAUCUAAGAGAAACUGUGUCCACUUGUGUUACAGAUGAUAAAUGCUCUUCACUGGUCCCAGCUUUUGAUAAAAAUACAGCCCAAAUACUGAAUGUAGUGCAUGAAGUGUCUGUGACUGAAGACACAAAAGCUGCUUCCAGUGAAAAGGAUUUGGAAACCCUAAAUCAUACCAAAGAAUUGAUACUGAGUAGUCCAUCAGGACAAAAAGUAGCUUCAUCCUUUGAACUGUCUUGGGAUGCAAAUGAUAGUGUUCUAAGCACAGGUAACAUAGUUUGCAUGUCAACACCAGUUCUAAGCUCCACAAAUACAACCUUUUCUAUCUCACCUAUUAAAGCAACAGAGAAAUGUAGUAAAGUGGUUAAGAGUACUGGAGAGCUAAAAAAUUUACCAAAUUUGAAGGGGACAUCUAUGAAUAUGUCUAAACCUAAUCUAGGAAAACCAGCAAACAAAACAAAUACUUCUAUCAGCAGUAGGGUUAGAAAAACUGAAAUUAUAAGUUACCCAAGACCAAACUUUAAGAAUGUCAAAGCAAAAGUUGUAUCUAGAUCAGUGUUGCUGUCCAGUGACCCUUCUUUAUCAAAGGUUGCACCUAGACCUCACUUAGCUAGUGACUCAUUGCCAUCAUCAGUGUCUUCUAGACAUUUGACAGUUUUGAGCAAAAUACCAAGAUCUGACUUGAAUGCAGACGCAAAAGCAGAAAUCCUAAUUAACAAGACACAUAAGCAGCAAUUUAAUAAAUUCAUUACUAGCCAGGCUGUGCAUGUUACAACUCAUCCUAAAAAUGCUUCACACAAGGUUCCAAGAACAACAUCUGCCGUAAAAUCAAAUCAGGAAGAUGUUGACAAAGCAAGUUCUUCCAAUUCUGUAUGUGAGAUUGGGUCUGUGGCUACAUUUUUCCAGAUCAAGGGUCUACACCCUGUUAAAAUGGAAAGCACAGAAAGUGUGGAAAUGACAUAUGCUUCUAACAGCAAUCGGAUUAGCCCUGAAAAGAAGGGUGAAAAAGAAAAUGUAGCAACUGUGGAAAAACAAGAGCUAAAAAAAGAAAAAUUGAAUGAGACUUUUGAAUACGGUUCUGUGUUUUUGGGUUCUGCUUCAAAAACUGCAGCCACUUCAGGUCGGAGUAUAUCUAAGCCUGACUCUUCCAGUUUGAGGAAAACGCCUGGCCCCAAAGCAAAAGUGGGACCUUCUGUUUCCUCUCUGAGGCGAAAUAGCAGCACUAGAAAUCUGAAUUCUGAUGGAACAUUAACUUCUCAGAGGGUCAGGCGUGUAUCCAGUUCUGGAAAACCUAUAUCCUUGAAAACUGCACAGCCAUCAUGGGUGAAUUUGCCUACACCACUUCCUAAAUCCAAAACAUCUUUGAAGAGCCCAGAACUGCAAAGGGUUGGAAGCACCUCAUCUCUUAAUAGCACCCACAGUGAUCUGGGCAUUUAUAGCAAGAAGUCUGGUAAUGCUGCGGUCAUCAAGUGUAAGGAAAACCCACCAAAAUGCGCAUUACAGAAUGGUUCCUCAGGAUCCUUGUAUUUGAAGCCUUUAGUGAGCAGAGCUCAUGCACACUUACUAAAAACUCCAAAAGGCCCUUCACGAAAAAGCCUACUUACAACUUUUAACACAGUUGAAAAGGGCAGGCCAAAGACUCCCAGAAGCUUAUGUAUCCAGACACAGACGUCUCCAGAUGUGCUGUCUUCUGAAAAAGCACUUGAAUUGACUCAAUAUAAAACAAAAUGUGAAAACCAAAGUGGAUUUAUCCUGCAGCUCAAGCAGCUUCUUUCCCAUGGCAAUGUCAAGUUCGAAGCACUAACAGUUGUGAUUCAGCACCUGCUGUCUGAGCAGGAGGAAGCACUGAAACAACACAAAACCCUAUCUCAAGAACUUGUUAACCUCCGGGGAGAGCUAGCCACUGCUUCAACCACCUGUGAGAAGUUGGAGAAAGCCAGAAAUGAGUUGCAACUAGCUUAUGAAGGGUUUGUCCAGAAGUUAAACCAGCAGCACCAGACUGAUCUAACAGAACUAGAGAACCGGCUUAAAGAAUUUUACACCAGGGAAUGUGAAAAGCUUCAAGACAUUUACAUUAAAGAAGCAGAGAACUACAAAACUCAAUUGCAGGAACAGUUUGACAACUUAAAUACUUCCCAUGAAACCUCUAAGUUGGAAAUCGAAGCUAGCCAUUCAGAGAAAGUAGAAUUACUAAAGACGGCCUAUGAAACCUCCCUUUCAGAAAUCAAGAAAAGCCAUGAAAUGGAAAAGAAAUCACUCGAGGACUUGCUUUAUGAGAAGCAGGAAUUUCUAGAGAAACAAAUCAAUGAUCUGAAAAGUGAAAAUGAUGCUUUAAAUGAAAAGCUGAAAUCAGAAGAACAAAAAAGACUAUCAAGAGAGAAAGCAAAUUUAAAAAACCCUCAGGUCAUGUAUCUGGAGCAGGAGUUAGAAAGCCUGAAAGCUGUGUUAGAGAUCAAGAAUGAAAAAUUGCAUCAGCAGGACAUCAAAUUAAUGAAAAUGGAGAAAGUGGUGGACAACAACACAGCACUGGUUGAUAAGUUAAAGCGAUUCCAGCAGGAGAAUGAGGAGUUGAAAGCCCGAAUGGACAAACACAUGGCAAUUUCAAGGCAACUGUCUACUGAGCAAGCUGUUCUGCAGGAGUCCUUGGAGAAGGAGUCAAAAGUCAACAAGCGCCUCUCCAUGGAGAAUGAGGAGCUGCUGUGGAAGCUAAACAAUGGGGACCUGUGCAGCCCCAAGAGGUCGCCCACAUCUUCUGCCAUCCCUUUCCAGUCGCCAAGGAAUUCUGGCUCCUUCCCAAGCCCCAGCGUUUCACCCAGAUGACGCUUUCUGCAAGCUGGGAGACUGAAAGAAUUUUUUUUUUUACAGGUCUGCAGGACUGACCCUCACAGUGACCAUGGGAAUGAGAGCUACAUUAGCUGUCGUGCAAUUACAAUAGACUGGAAAGUCACCAGUCCCAGAAGUGGCUUCUUUAGGAGACUAAAACUCUGGAGGGAGACUUUUGAUUCGGUCCAAGAGACCCCUCCCCCCCCAAUGAUUUUUGGAAAUAGCUCUCCAUGAACACUAUUGGCACAAAGCACUUAAAGAAUGAGAGGAUCUUGUUCAUUGCCUUUUUCACCUAAGCAUAAGGGGAAAAGCUCUCAGGGGCCUAUUAGGAUAAAGAUUUAUAACCUUUAUAAUGUUCAUCAAUGCAGACAUCUUUUUGUGAUUUUCAUUUGGCUGAGGGUGUGUGAAUGAAAUGGUUGUAACAGUGUGUCCUGUGUCUGAUGUUGCCUCCUGUGCUGUGUAAUAACAGUCAAAGCUGAUUCUAUCUGGUUAUGCCCUAAUCAAAUAAUAGUCAGUGUAUGUAUUUCAUCAAAAGCCAUAGAUGAAAGAGCAACCAUUGCUUUAAUUAUAAUUCUCUACCAUCUAUCCAUUCAGCGUUUUGACAUGGAGGAAGAGAAAACAGCAGGAAAAGCUUUGACUUGUAACCUCUAGACAGCCUGAAUCCUAUUGGAGUAAUUUGCUGGCUGGUUUUUAGUGUUCAGCCAUGUCAGUUGCUACAUUUUUUUUUCCCAUGUAAAUGUCUAACUUCCCUAUAUAAAUCUAACUUUAUAGUAUGAUCCAUAUUCUCAGGCUAUGAGCAAAUGUCGAAUCCUAAUUUUUCUACAAAUCUGUGUAACAAAAAGGGGCAGUACCAGUGGAAUAUUUCUGCCUUAUUUUUAACUUGAUCUAAGCUAUCCUCAUGGAUUUAACAUAUCUUCUAUUAUCCUCAUCUAUCUCCCCUCCCCCAUUUGGUGCCGCUGAAACAAUCCUAUUUCCUACCUACUUUUCUCUGAGACAAGGAUAAUGUCAUAAGCUUUUCCCCAAACCAUCAUAUCCUUAAGGUGCUGAAACCACACACCCCCAAGGGGGGAAAAAAAGAAAGAAAGGAAAUCACUAAGGCUUGGAUCUGGUUGUCCAAUUUUGGGGGGGAAAAAAAACCCUAGAAAGAACAGAGAAUGAGAGUGUUACUAGCUGGCAAAACUAAGAAGACUGGGAUUCUGUGUCCAUAAAUAACACCUUGAUUAGACCAAUGAAAAAGUAUUGAAUAAAGCAGAUUCUGAGAAUAUAAUGGUGAGUUUCCACAUACCCUUUGAGGGGAACUUUAUCCUUGGAUGGCCAACUAACAAGAAAAUGUGGCUUGUGCAAGACUCCAUGUUGGAUUUUAGUUUCUUUCCAAAACCUGUUACUUCUCCCAGUUUUGGUUCUUUGGAGGAGGUAGAAGGAAAAACUGAGGCUUCCUCUCCACCUUUUCUGCAUGUGUCAGCAUUGUGAUGUCAGUCGUUACUAACCUGAGUUUCUGACAUCUCAUGACCAUCUAGCACUAUAGUAAGAACAGCUUCAGGAUAUGUAGAGCUGGUUCUACGAGUCAUCACCUACAUGUACACUACAGAGCAAGUUGAUAUUCACAGUGCACAUUGUUUUAAAUAGUGACUGUGACUGAUGUCCUUAACUGCCUUUUUUUUUUACCUGCUUUACAUGCUUCCACUUAAAUGGAAAUGUAGGUUCAUUGCCACCUCCCAGAGUAUCUCUUUGCUCACCCUUCCAAGAUCUCAGUGUCAUUAACCUAUGUUAGGUUGGCCUUUCCUCUCCUACUCAUGGCAAAUUUUGUGCUGUUUCCUGCCAUCUUCCAUGCUAACUAUUUGGGGAAAUCAAUCCUACAUAAUAUAAAAUGUCUUCAGAGAAUGGGAGACAAGGAGAUAAGAUAGGAAAUAAAGUAGAGAACUUUGAUUGUUUGUCAAACCAAAUGUCUCAUGUAAGAUGUUAAAUGGUAGCACAUCAUAAAAUAGGGAUGUGUAAACAACUGUAGUCUAGCUCAGUUUGUAGUAAUGGAAAGUGUAUUUUACUUUGAUCAAAUAAACAAUGCUGGACUGUACAGUACUAGAA